AUGCUGCGGUGGAACCUUCAGUGGCUUCAGUGCGUGGCUUCAGGCUUCGCCAGUGUGACCUCCAGUGCGAGUUCCGUGCCGGGCGCCUUUCGCACCAGCCCUAGCCGCGUUUGUCAGCAGCUGCCGGAGACGCUGAUUGGCCGGUGCCGCUGCGAACCCCCAUUUAGCGGCCUUGAACUAAACUCCAACACGCCGGGCUGCAUGUCGUGGGGGCUGGAGGGCAUCCCAAACAGGGACUUGGCCACCAUUGCUACAGUGCAGCAAUCCGAGAUUCAAGGCUCCAGUCCCCGUCUCUUCCUUGUCGUUUCUAGCACCAAAGCAGGCAAUCGGGUUGGUGGAGAUUUUUCCGCCGCUUCCGCCGCCUCCAGCAGGGCCGCUCACCGCUUGCCGCAUCUCAACGCUCGGCCACCGCCAGCCGAGAGCCACGCAGACCAGACGCUUCCAGAAGGGCUUGGAGAUGCUCAACCAGCUCCCGGCGUGAUUAAUAUUCCACCAGCAAAUAGACGCCUAAUGAACGCUACGAUUCCCGAGCAGCUAAUAUUGAUGCCUAUCCGGGACAAUGGGCAGCUGCUGGCCGAAUCCCUCAGGACUGCGUUAGGAGGGCAUCGCACCGGCUAUUAG